AUGCUCACGAUCAUGAAGAAGCAAAAGGAGACCAAUCAAGGACUAGCAAAAGAAAAUACAGAGCUGCAAGAGAAAAUUUCAUCUUUAGAGUCACAAAUUUCCAAGCUUGAAUUGGAGCUGAAACAAGCAAAAAGUGAUAUUGAGAGAUACAAAAGUGAGGAGUCUCGAUCAAAAUCUGAACCUAAGAAACCCGUGGUAUCGCAAGAACAUCAACCUUCCGCCUCUGAGGACGAGGAAAAUCAAAAAAAGCAACAAGAGGAAAUGGAAAGAAAGCGUAAGGAAGAAGAGAGGUUAGAAAAACAAAAACAAGAAGAAGAGACCCGCAAACGGGAGGCUGAAGAAAAACGUAAAGAGGAAGAGCGAUUGGAGAAACAAAAACAGGAGGAGGCACGAAAGAAAGAAGCAGAUGAAAAACGAAAAGAAGAAAUGCGUGCUGCGUUAUUGCUAAAGAUGCAAAAGCUUCAAGCUUCAUCCUCUUCACAACCUUCCUCUCUGUCUCCAGCUACUUCCUCAAAUAAUGUAGCUGCCUCCUCUUCCAGUGAAGACAAAACUACUCCUGUGUCUGCUACUUCUGACGACAAAGUAGAAUCGAUAACGGGAAAAAGAACAAUUGAAGAAUUCCAAAAAGACGAUAGCGCUUUUGAAGCUCAGCAAGAUGUCACAACUCCUUCAACUAAUGCCUCAUCAUCUCAAGCCACUGAAUCUACUUCUGAAACUGCUGUAGAAGAUAGGCCGCAAAAAAAGGUAAAAACUGAUGACGUUGAAGAAAAUACAGAAAAAGAUGAAGACGCUUCCAAUACUCCAUCCUCCGCAAAGCCUGGCUCAAGAUUCAAACGACCAACAAUUGUAAAACAACCUGUAACAGAAGAAGAAAAACAGCAAGAAGAAACCGAAGAGUAA